UGCAGUCAAACACUGGAGCUGAAUGUCAACAUUAAAGAUGAAGAAGAGGUUUCUCAUGGACUAGAAUUAAGUCUGAGGCCGGUAACAUCAACAGUGAGGACAAACCCAGCCUGCCUCUCUCCUUCCACACUGAGUCCAAACCCACAGUCACUGGGUCCUGAUUGUUACAGUGGAGCCCAGUUUGCACUGCAGGAUCCAGAGAUGGCAUCAGUGAAGCUGGAAGACUGCAGUCAAACACUGGAGCUGAAUGUCAACAUUAAAGAUGAAGAAGAGGAGGAGAAGAUUGGAACAUGUGUUUCUCGUGGAGACCAUGUUGAGACAUUCUCUACAUCCAGAGAGCAUCAGCAGGAAGAUCACAGAGCAAAGAUGUCUCACCACUGCACACAUUGUGAGGAGAUUUUCCCAUUUCUAUCAAAGCUAAAAAUACACCUAAAAACACACACAGGAGAGAAGCCUUACUCCUGCUCUGAAUGUGGGGCGAGUUUCUCUCAUCGGUACACCUUAAAGCGACAUGAACGUAUACACACAAAAGAGAAGCCUUACUCCUGCUCUGACUGUGGAGCAAGUUUCUCUCAACUGGGCAACUUAAAAGACCAUGAACGUAUACACACAGGAGAGAAGCCUUACUCCUGCUCUGACUGUGGGGCAAUUUUCUCUCGACUGGGCACCUUAAAAAAACAUGAACGUAUACACACAGGAGAGAAGCCUUACUCCUGCUCUGACUGUGGGGCAAGUUUCUCUCGACUGGGCACCUUAAAAAACCAUGAACGUAUACACACAGGAGAGAAGCCUUACUCCUGCUCUUACUGUGGAAAGAGUUUCUCUCAACAGGGCCACCUAAAAAUACAUGAGCGUUUACACACAGGAGAAAAACUUUACUCUUGCUCUGACUGUGUAAAAUGCUUCAAAACGCCAACUGCGCUAAAAGUUCAUCAUGGAACACACAGAGCAGAGAAGCCUUUCUCCUGCUCUGACUGUGGAAAGAGUUUCUCUCAUCGGGAUAACUUAAAACAACAUGAACAUAUACACACAGGAAAGAAGCCUUACUGCUGCUCUUACUGUGGAAAGAGUUUCUCUCGACUGGGCACUUUAAAAAAACAUGAACGUAUACACACAGGAGAGAAGCCUUACUCCUGCUCUUACUGUGGAAAGAGUUUCUCUCGACCAUGCACCUUACAAUAUCAUGAACGUAUACACACGGGAGAGAAGCCUUACUCCUGCUCUUACUGUGGAAAGAGUUUCUCUCGACCAUGCACCUUACAAAAACAUGAACGUAUACACACAGGAGAGAAGCCUUUCUCCUGCUCUGGCUGUGGAAAGAAUUUCUCUCACCUGGGCACCUUAAAACAACAUGAACGCAUACACACAGGAGAGAAGCCUUACUCCUGCUCUGACUGUGGGAAGAAUUUCUCUCACCUGGGCACCUUAAAACAACAUGAACGUAUACACAAAGGAGAGAAGCCUUACUCCUGCUCUGACUUUGAAAAGAGUUUCUCUCAGGAGUAAGAGAAGCCUGACUCCUUUUCUGACUGUGGGGCAAGUUUCUCUCGUCCGGACAAAGGAGAGAAGCCUUAUUUCCGCUCUCAAUGUGACAAGAGUUUUUCCCAAUUGGGCAAUGUAAAAACACACCAACGGAUACACACUUCAGAGAAGCCUUAUCACUGCACUGACUGUGGGAAGAGGUUCUACAGAUUGGGUCAUUUAAAAAGACACAAAUGUAUACAUAAAGGACAGGCCUCAUCAGUUCUCUCAGACCAGCUAAGAUUAGACACUCCACUUAAUUCUCAUGUCAUUAAAUAAUUGGCAACGUUGAAUUUGAUCAAAUUCAAAUGAAGAAAGUGUAGAACACUAUUGUAAUCCUUUAGUUUCUCACUGUGAGAGAACAAUGCAGAGGAAAGGGAGCAUUAUAGAAUGUUAGUCUCUCUUUACUGAUCAGUGUGCACCUUGUCAGUUUUGGUGUGAGAGAGAAUAAAGUAGACGGCGCACGUCAAACAUUUUAUUUAUGACCCUAUGUCCGGAUGACGUGUACAUGCCCAUAUUUGGGCAUCCGGUAAGGACAUCCUGGCGGGAAGUGAUCACGUGGUUAUGCCCAUAUAUGUUCAUCCUGUUCUCACGCCUUGGAGUGAGUGCGACAAUAUGUAUAUAAUUCCUUUGAAGUUGUCAUGAUGAUUGAUGUCUAGUGACCUCUUUGAACUGCGGGGGGUGACCAUUUCAAAGAGUUUGACCCCCCCACCCCCUGUUUUAUUGACCUUAGGGUUGUUGUCUAUGAAACACGAAUGUCCUGGGGUAUUGGGGUUGGCAGACACCUUAUAAAUAAAGGCCAGAACAAGACAUGCGUCCUCAGAACACUAAACAAGAUUUUUUAAAUCAACAUGGAUUUUGUGAUCAGUGGCAAAGCUGUGAUGACUGUAACAACGGAAGCAGGACCUCGGUUGAAACAUCGAGAAAGGGCCAAGUAUCAAGCCACAAUAUAUGAUGCGCCAAAAAAAACGGUUUCUAAGUGUGUAUAGAACCCAAAUACUGCCCGCAACUACGCUGAAAGAUCAAGUGCUGAUGUCUAAUGAACAUCAAUCGGGGUAUCGGUUUGAUUACCUGGCCUGUAGAGUGAACCUCUAUACGGUAGCCGAAGGAGAAUAAUAUACAGACCAGACUUUAGGAGUGGACUACGGGCUUGAAGACUGGACGGUUUUUCGCAAGGUUGUGUGUCCCGAACUGAGCCUUAUCACCAAGGGGUAUAUCUUGUUCAAGGUGCCCCUGACUCCUCAGGAAGAAUAAUUCACAGGGUGAAAAUACAAAGAAACAAUGGACUUCCAUGUGGCUACGUGGAGUUCUAUUUCGGCAACGAGGAAACCUGCAACCAAAACAUUUGUGAUGGUGGUGAUUUUAGGUUUGCGCAUGCUUAUUCCUUUUCAAAUUUGGGAUCUAAUGGAAUUGAAAAUGUUCCAGCUGUUGGAUGCUCUCUUUGUACAGGGCCAACAGCGGCAGAGCAUAGUUCAUGUAAAGAAGUGCAUAAUAUAUACGAAUCCUCAGGAUUAUGAUUCAAAGGAGCCCCAAGAAGGUACAUCCUCAGAAGGGACAGCCUCCGAAGAAAACUAAGUACGCGGUUUCGUUAACCACGCCCUGAUACCCAAAGGACUGGUUCAACAAUAAAAGGAGUGCCCUUAAAGCCUCCAGUUCUUCAUUUCAUCAUACACCAUGGAUAUUCAUACAACAUACCAGGACUCCGAUACGACAUGGGGGCCAGACCCUAAGGACUUUAUGCCUGGCGAGACCCACGACACCCCCUACAUGUACACAGCCUGAGGACGUGUUUGAUGGGGUAGUCAGUACUAUUUUUGUGGACACCAUCAAAGCCUCUGUAGCCACACUUCUAGAUGUGGUGAUUGGAGAAUAUAUAAGAGAGAAAUGCAUCGGUUGUGAGAUCAAUCACCCCAGCAAGCGCCGUAUAUGACCCGCCAAGAUACUACUUCUUCAACCAAUUUGAGGAGCUGGUGAAAAGACUGUGGUCCUGCAGGUUUAUACCAUCGCUGGUCAGAGCCCUGGAGUCUAUGGGUCUUGUGCCGUCUAUCCCCAGAGUUUACUUGGUAACCACGGCAUUCCUACAUGAACUGAAGGAGGCAAUCUACAUCCACGAUAAACUCAAAGAAAUCCGACACACCCUGUUGGACGACAAUAAAUACAGGGAAGUUGUGGUGGCUGAUGUGAUGACUUUCUGGCUCAAUAAACCCCAAGAGACCGAGUGACAUUUUGUUAUUUAGAUGUAAUGCAAUGGGCAACUAUGUGUAUACGAUGUUAGAGAUAAUAAAUAAAUGUCUUCUUUUGAGAGAACUUACAAAUGUUAUGCAUCAGAUUAUUGAAAAUAAAGUGAACGAUGUAUCAUUCUACACAACCCACAAUGCCUGGGUUAAUGUAGAGCGUGUGCUGAAAAUGGAACAAAUCAUGAAUCAUGUUGUGGAUGAUUCUGAAGAACUAGAAACAACUUUGUCUAAGAUUUUACUUUAUUUGUUUGAAACACCAUUUAAUUGUAACGUGUAUCAUAUUUGUUGUUUAUAUGCUUAUAUAUCGGACAUGUGUGUUUUCAAAGUUCAGCGACACAAGUCUGUAAAUCAAAACCAAAUAUACAGGGUGUUGCAUGCUGUGAUCGUUGAGAAAACUGGGACACGUAUCCUGCAAAGAAUCCUGAAUUGUCUGUAUACGUAAUACUUGAUGCAUGAAUAAAAUAAAAAUUCUAUAAUGAAAA